AUGAAACUCUUACAUUUAUUGUUCACUAUCAGCUUCGUAUGGUGUUUUGAAGAUGAUCCUUUCUUGGGCUUCGAGGAAGAACCUCCUAUUGUGGAGAUAGCCGACGGUAGUGUUCGAGGAGGUUGGGAAGAGUCCACGAACGGAAGAAAGUAUGCCAUCUUUGAAGGCAUCCCCUUUGCUAAGCCGCCGGUUGGAGAGCUUCGAUUCAAGGCCCCACAACCUCCUGUACCGUGGAAAGGGAUAUUCAAUGCAAGUGGAUCACAAGAGAACUGUCUACAAUACGACCCGUUCUUUGAACAAGUCUCAGGUAGUGAAGACUGCCUGUUCAUCAACGUGUACACCCCACACCUGAAGCCCACUGUUGAGCUGCCGGUGAUGGUGUUUGUCCACGGCGGAGCGUUCAUGUACGGAGCUGGUUUCCAUUACGACCCUGUCCAUCUGAUGGACUGGGAUAUGGUCGUUGUUAGUUUUAACUACAGAGUUGGUCCUCUAGGUUUCCUCAGCACGGGAGAUGAAGCUGCUCCAGGCAACGCAGGGCUGAAGGACCAGGCCUUUGCCCUGCACUGGGUGCAGAAGAACAUCAAAGCCUUCGGAGGAGACCCUGACAGCGUCACUGUGACCGGCAGCUCAGCUGGUGCUGCUAGCGUUCAUUAUCUUUAUCUUUCUCCUUUGGCUAAUGGAACAUUCUCCAGAGGUAUUGCUUGGAGUGGAUCAGCACUCGUACCCUGGGCAUACACCACGAAGCCCAUAGAGAAGACUAGGCGGCUCGCAGAGCUGGUGGGCUGCCCCACGAACCCUGAAGAUAUGGCCAACUGUCUCAUCAGCAAACCCAGUGAAGAUAUUGUGAAUGUCACUUCUUUGAUGUUUGACUGGAAAAUGCAUAUGUUCUCUCCGUUUGCGCCGACGGCGGAACCUCCACUUGAAGGAGCCUUCCUGACCCAACAUCCUUACGAGGCCACCAGGUCUGGUGCCAUGUAUGACGCUCCUCUGAUUGCCACUGUCGUGUCCGAAGAGGGGCUUUAUCCUGCUGCUGUUUACCAAAAGAAUCCCGAUGAAAUCUUACCAGAAAUUGAAGAUAACUGGGAGUUCUUAGCUCGUGAGAUCUUCAUGUUUAACGACACGUUGCCUGAAGACCUAAAAGCAACUGUAGCUGCCAAGAUUAAGGAGUUCUACCUCCUAGGGAAGCCAGUGUCGCAGGAGACCUUCCCUCAACUUGUCCAGGCUAUGGGCGACCGUCUCUUCGUAACGGGCACAGCAAAGAUGGCGGAGUUACAUGCAACAAACAGUAAGCAGCCUGUGUUCAUGUACAAAUACUGCUUCCGAGGAGAGAGGAGCUUCACCUAUGCUGUCACAUGGAACUAUAAGAACUUCGGAGUAUCUCACGUGGAUGACAUCUUCCACAUAUUCUCGGUACCGCUGGUCACCAGCAGCGCUCCUGAGGAUAUGAAGAUGACCGCAGCGCUCAUCAAUAUGAUCUACAGCUUUGCCAAGGACAGCACUCCAAUAUUAUCGCCGGAGGCUCCAGAGUGGCUGCCCCUGGUGCCAGGCCAACCAGCUCUCAACUACAUGGAGAUAUCAUCCCCAACCAGCUACUUAAUGAAGAGCAACGAGGACUUCGGCCACCGCGCCUUCUGGGACAGUCUAGGGUUCAAUGAGGAUCAGAAUUACAAGAAAGAAUUGUAAAUAACUGGAAUAUGACAGAGCAGGGGUUCCCAAUCUUUUUCAACCGGCGCCGCAACUACAAGCUUAGUAUUUUGUAACGGCGCCCUGUCCUAGCUAAGUUGUUAGGUUAGACCGGGUUUCCGCUGACGCGGAGAUGGGCGGAGAAGAGCGGAGAUGUGCAGUUUCGACCAAUCACGG